AUGAUUUCAAUAUCCUUUCGUAACUUCAAACUUCGUCCGAACUUUGAUGGUGGUUCCGGUUUCUUCUCUCGAAUUACUCUCUCUCUCUCUCUCUCUCUCUCACCCUUUCUCUCCUCCUCUUCUCCGUUUACUCUUGUCUCCUCUCGUUCUGAAAAUAUUUAUUUUAUCCCUCUCUUUCAUACCUCCUCUUCUCUAAUUACCCGUUCUUCCUCUCUCUCUCACUCACUAUUCUCGAAUUACUUUAACCCCUCUUUCGCUCUCCUUACUCUCUCUUUAACUUUUUCUUACAUUGUUCUCCUAAUUACUGCCUCUCCCUCUCUAUUUCAUUCGUAUUCCAUUUUCUCUAUCUUUCUCUCGCUCUCUCUCUCUCUCUCUCACUCACUUUCUCUGGUUAGUCUCUCUCUCUCUCUCCCUCUCUCUCACUCCCUUUAUCUGGUUAGUUUCUCUCUCUCUCUCUCUCUCUCUCUCUGGUUAGUCUCUCUCUCUCUCACUCCCUUUCUCUGGUUAUCUCUCUCUCUCUCUCACUCCCUUUCUCUGGUUAGUCUCUCUCUCUCUCUCUUUCAUUCCCUUUCUCUGUCUCUCUCUCUCUCCCUCUCUCUCUCUCACUCCCUUUCUCUGGUUAGUUUUCUCUCUCUCUCUCUCUCUCUCUCUCUCUCUGUGGUUAGUCUCUCUCUCUCUCUCACUCCCUUUCUCUGGUUAGUUUCUCUCUCUCUCACUCCCUUUCUCUGGUUAGUCUCUCUCUUUCAUUCCCUUUCUCAGGUUAGUUUCUCUCUCUCUCUCUCUCUCUCUUUCACUCCCUUUCUCUGGUUAGUCUCUCUCUCUCUCUCUCCCUCUGUGGUUAGUCUCUCUCUCUCUCACUCCCUUUCUCUGUUUUCUCUCUCUCUCUCUCUCUCUUUCACUCCCUUUCUCUGGUUAGUCUCUCUCUCUCUCUCUCUCCCUUUCUCUGGUUAUUACUCCCUCAUUCUCUUUCUCCCUCUCCUCCACUCUCGCCCUCUUUCUCUCUUUCUUCCAAUCCUUUUUCCCCGAGUCCCUGCUACCCCCUCUCUCUCUCUCUCUCUUCUACUUCUUUUCAAUUAG